UUAAUUUGUCUCAACCUGUUUAUUCCAUGUAUACAGUCUAUGCAGAAAGGAAAUUCUAGUCUUCCUAUCUCCCAGACUUGGAGUGCAGGAGUUUGAGGGUCUUAUCCAGAUUAACAAUAUUCCAACCAAGUAGCAGAGUAUUUAUCUUAGUUUAAGGAAGAAAAAAAAGACAGGUUCAGAAGAUUUUCGGGAAAAUUAAAUAUGGGGUGGGGACACACUACAUUGAUGUUUUGGUAGGGAAGUGGUUGGUUGGGGAUCGUGAGGACACCGACAAUACUUCUGCACCAAAGGGUCUUGGAGUUAGAAGACCUUAGAGUCGUCCAGCUUUCUUCCGGCCCCCAAACGUGGCAAGAACCCACCCUUUACAGCGCCAGGCACCGUGCCUCACUUUCUCCAUUUGCGGACUCCAGUUCCCAGGAUGCAGAGCUGCGGCCAAUCUCCAGGCUCUUUCCACCCCCCAACCCCCCUUGGCAAAGAUUGUCCCCGGCCAAAGCAAGGAGUUCCAAGGGUCAGUGACUUUAGGGAACAGAAUUAAAAAGUGGUCAGAAUCCCAGCUUUACCACCCAGAAGGUAAAGGAGGCAGCUCCUGGGCCGGGGUGAAGAAGAGGGGGGCUUUAUUCCCACGUGUCUGCCCGGCGGCCAGCCUGGCGCAGUCGGGGUUAAUCUGCGGCGGAGGGAUCCCUCAGCGUGUGCGUAGAACUGCAGAGUCACAGCCUUUCCUCCAAGAGGGCUGUACCCCUCCGCCGCCCCGCUCCAACACAAAAUAGGGCCUCCUCUUCUCCUUUCUCCCCUUCUUGAGUGGGGUUCCUCAAGCAAAAGGCCCCCCUGGAUCUCGCGCCGGACGCUCCACGAGUCUCUACGACCGCUGCCCAGAUCCCAGGCGAGGAAAAAGCCUCUUCGCAGGAACCACCCUACCGGCCGAGCAGGAGGCGGAGGGGGGAGGCGGAGCGGCGCCGCGCUGCACUACUUUCCUCUCCGGUUGCAAAUGGCUGCCUCGUUCCCCACUUUCCGCUCAGUUUCCUGACCCCCCGGCGCCGGGAGCCGGGGUUGGACCAUGCACCUCUAGACCCCCCGCGAUCAGAGCCUGCCGGGGGUCUAGGGGGUGCUGCGGACCACAGCCGGCCAGGCCGGGGGCGGGGCAGCUCCCGAGGCCAGAGGGGAAGGGAGGCGAGCGCUGGGCCUGGAGCGGCCGGAGGGGAGCGGGCAGAGGGCUCGCACCGCCCGCCCCUUCCUCUUCCUCGCCCACCAACCCUCCUCCCUUCCCCGGGGGGAGCAGAAGGUGGGGGGCUCGAAGCCGCCGAGGGGGGACGCUCGGGGUCGCGGAGCCGGGCGCUGGGUGUGUGUCAGGUUCGGCCCCGCCGGCUCCGCGUCGCCGUAGCUCGCGCGGCCCCGGGGCGCCGGCCGGGCGGGGAGAGGGGUUCGGCGCGGCUGCGAGGGGCUCACGUUCCAUCCGGGCCCGGCGCGCGGCGCGGCGCGGCGCGGCAUUCCUUCCGGGCUGCUGGGGAGGCGCCUCGACGUUCCAUCUGGAGAGCCUCGACGUUCCGCCCGAGCCCGGCGCGGGCGGCCGGGGCGCUGGCCGGGCCCUAGGACUGAGAGGCCGCCCCGCGACGCGGAUGCGGAGCCUGCUUGCCCAAGAUCAAAGCCACCGGUGCUCUCUUUGUGUCCGCUCGGGAUUCGCCGCCCUGGGGCUGUUCAUGGAAACCUAAACUGCUGGAACCCGAGGCAGAGAGCCCUCUUGGAUUCUUGCUGCUUUUUUUUUUUUUUUUUUUUAAACCCGGGGGAAGGGUGACCACUCCGACCUGGAUUUACCGUUCUUGGCCUCCCUAAGCCCCCCCGAGUGGGGGGCGGCUGUGCUCGCUCUGGCGGUUGGAGGUCGGGGAGCGGCCCGGGCUCUGGCCAUGUUCUCGGAUGAGGAUUUCUGGAUCGCCCUGUGAAGAGGUCUCCCCGAGAGGGCCCUGCCCAGUCGGAGAGAGGGAUGGACAGCCAGAAGCCGCCUGCUGAAGAUAAAGAUUCAGACCCGGCAGCUGAUGGACUUGCAGCCCCUGAGAAGCCAGGUGCCACUGAGCCACACCUUCCCAUCCUGUGUAUCGGGGAGGUCUCAGUCCCCAGUUCUGGGAGUUCUAGGCUUCAGAAGCCGCCUCAUGACUGCAGUGGGGGUCCAGCACGGCGUUGUGCGCUCUGUAACUGUGGGGAGCCCAGUCUGCAUGGGCAGAGGGAGCUGCAGCGCUUUGAAUUGCCAUCUGACUGGCCCGGGUUUCCAGUGGUAUCCUCUGGGGGAAGCUCAGGUCCCUGUGAGGCAGUGCUGCCCAAUGAGGACCUAUCACAAAUUGGUUUCCCUGAGGGCCUUACGCCUGCCCACCUAGGAGAGCCUGGAGGGCACUGCUGGGCACAUCAUUGGUGUGCAGCAUGGUCAGCAGGUGUAUGGGGGCAGGAGGGCCCAGAACUAUGUGGUGUGGACAAGGCCGUCUUCUCAGGGAUCUCACAGCGCUGCUCCCACUGCGCCAGGUUCGGUGCCUCCGUUCCUUGCCGCUCACCCGGAUGUUCACGGCUUUACCACUUUCCCUGUGCGACUGCCAGUGGCUCCUUCUUAUCCAUGAGAACACUGCAGCUGCUCUGCCCGGAGCACAGUGACGGAGCUGCACAUUUGGAGGAGGCUCACUGUGCAGUGUGUGAGGGGCCAGGGGAGCUGUGUGACUUGUUCUUCUGUACCAGCUGUGGGCAUCACUAUCAUGGAGCCUGUCUGGACACUGCUCUGACUGCUCGCAAGCGUGCCGGUUGGCAGUGCCCUGAAUGCAAAGUGUGCCAAGCCUGCAGGAAACCUGGGAAUGAUUCUAAAAUGUUGGUCUGUGAGACGUGUGACAAAGGGUACCAUACCUUCUGCUUAAAGCCACCCAUUGAGGACCUGCCCGCUCACUCGUGGAAGUGUAAGACAUGCCGGAUAUGUCGGGCCUGUGGGGCAGGCUCAGCGGAUUUGAAUCCCAACUCCGAGUGGUUUGAGAACUAUUCACUCUGUCACCGCUGUCAUAAAGUCCAGGGAAGCCAGCCUGUCAUUUCUGUUGCUGAACAGCACCCAGCUGUCUGUAGCAGAUUUUCACCCCCAGAGCCUGGUGAGACGCCCACCGAGGAGCCCAGCGCUCUGUACGUCACAUGCCAAGGGCAGCCAAAAGGCACACACGUGACCUCUGUGCAACCCAAGGAACCGGGGCCCCUGCAAUGUGAAGCCAAACCACUAGGGAGAGAAGGGACCCAACUUGAAGCCCAGUUGGAGGCUCCCCUAAAUGAGGAGAUGCCACUGCUGCCCCCACCUGAGGAGUCACCCCUGUCUCCACCACCUGAAGAAUCACCAACAUCUCCACCACCUGAGGCCUCUCGCCUGUCCCCACCAACUGAGGAGUCACCCCUUUCUCCACCCCCUGAGUCAUCACCUUUUUCUCCACUGGAGGAGUCUCCCCCAUCUCCUGCACUAGACACACCCCUGUCUCCACCGCCUGAAGCCUCACCCCUAUCUCCACCAUUUGAGGAGUCUCCUCUGUCCCCCCCACCAGAGGAACUGCCCUCUUCUCCGCCACCUGAAGCAUCUCGCCUGUCUCCACCACCCGAAGAGUCGCCCAUGUCCCCUCCACCAGAAGAGUCACCCAUGUCCCCUCCACCUGAGGCAUCUCGUCUUUUCCCACCAUUUGAAGAGUCUCCCCUAUCUCCUCCACCAGAGGACUCUCCUCUGUCCCCACCUCCAGAGGCAUCACGGCUUUCCCCACCCCCCGAGGACUCGCCCAUGUCUCCCCCACCUGAAGAUUCACCCAUGUCCCCCCCACCUGAGGUAUCACGCUUCUCGCCUCUGCCUGUCCUGUCACAUCUGUCCCCUCUGCCUGAGGUAUCACGGCUGUCCCCGCCACCUGAAGAAUCUCCCCUGUCCCCACCACCUGAAGAUUCUCCCACUUCACCUCCACCUGAAGCUUCUCGACUGUCCCCACCACCGGAGGACUCUCCUGCCUCACCUCCACCUGAAGCUUCCCAACUGUCCCCUCCCCAUGAAGAGUCACCUGCUUCACCACCACCAGAGGACUCACUUAUGUCCUUGCCGAUGGAGGAGUCACCCUUGUCGCCACUGCCUGAGGAGCUGAGACUCUGCCCUCAGCCCGAGGAACCCUACCUGUCUCCUCAGCCUGAGGAGCCCCGACUUUGUCUCCAGCCCGAGGAGCUGCCGCUGUCCCCACAGUCGGAGGAGCCAUGCUUGUCCCCUGUGCUUGCAGAGCCCUGCCUAUCUUCUCAGCCUGAGGAACUGCGCUUGUCCCCUGUGCCUCAGGAACCACACCUGUCCCCUCAGCCUAAGCAGCUCCACCUGUCUCCCCAAUCUGAGGAGCCAUGCCUGUCCCCCAUGCCUGAGGAGCCAUGCCUGUACUCGCAGCCUGAGGAACUACACCGCUCUCCUCAGCCUCAAGAGCCUCCUGAGGAACCAAGCCAGUGUCCUGCACCCAAGGAGCUGUCCUUGUUUCCCCCAAGUAGGGAGCCACCUUUAUCCCCAAUGCUUAGAGAGCCAGCCCUGUCUGAGCCUGGGGAACCACCUCUAUCCCCACUUCCUGAGGAGCUGCCCUUGUCCCUGUCGGGGGAGCCAGUCUUGUCACCUCAGCUGAUGCCACCAGAUCCUCUUCCUCCUCCACUCUCACCCAUUAUCCCAGCUGCAGCCCCUCCAGCCUUGUCUCCUUUGGGGGAGCUAGAGUACCCCUUUGGUGCCAAAGGGGACAGUGACCCUGAGUCACCGUUGGCGGCCCCCAUCCUCGAGACACCUAUCAGCCCUCCACCAGAAGCCAACUGCACUGACCCUGAGCCUGUACCCCCCAUGAUUCUUCCCCCAUCUCCGGGCUCCCCGAUGGGGCCUGCUUCUCCGAUCCUCAUGGGGCCGCUUCCACCACCUUGCUCUCCGCUCCUUCAGCACUCCUUGCCUCCUCCAACCCCUCCUCCCUCCCACUGCUCACCUCCUGCCCUGCCCCUCUCUGUUCCCUCCCCACUGAGUCCUGUGCAGAAGGAGGUGGGUGUCUCAGGUGAAGCUGGGCUGCACGAGAUGGAGACUGAGAAGGGUCCAGAGCCUGAGUGCCCAGCCUUGGAACCCAGGGCCACCAGUCCUCUGCCAUCCCCUAUGGGGGACCUCUCUUGCCCUGCCCCCAGCCCUGCCCCAGCCCUGGAUGACUUCUCUGGCUUGGGAGAAGACACAACGCCCCUAGAUGGGACUGAUGCUGAUCCUUUGCAGUCACAGACUGGACAGAACUCUGGCAGUUUGGCUAGUGAACUUAAAGGUUCUCCUGUGCUCCUGGACCCUGAGGAGCUGAUCCCUGUGACCCCUAUGGAGGUCUAUGGCCCAGAAUGCAAGCAGGCAGAGCAGGGCUCACCCUGUGAAGAGCAGGAGGAGCCUGGUGCACCAAUGGCCCCUAUGCCACCCACGCUCAUCAAAUCCGACAUCGUCAAUGAGAUCUCUAAUCUGAGCCAGGGUGAUGCUAGUGCCAGUUUUCCUGGUUCAGAGCCCCUCCUGGGCUCUCCUGACCCUGAGGGAGCUGGCUCCUUGUCCAUGGAGCUGGGAGUGUCUACAGAUGUUAGUCCAGCCCGGGAUGAGGGCUCCCUGCGCCUCUGCACCGACUCGCUGCCAGAGACUGAUGACUCCCUGUUGUGUGACACUGGGACAGCCACCAGUGGAGGCAAAGCUGAGGGGGACAAAGGGCGGCGGCGCAGUUCCCCCGCCCGGUCCCGAAUCAAACAGGGUCGGAGUAGCAGUUUCCCAGGAAGACGCCGGCCUCGUGGAGGAGCAGCACAUGGAGGACGAGGGAGAGGACGGGCCCGACUAAAAUCAACCACUUCUUCCAUUGAGACACUGGUAGUGGCUGAUAUUGAUAGUUCUCCUAGCAAGGAGGAGGAGGAGGAAGAUGAUGACACCAUGCAAAAUACCGUGGUUCUCUUCUCUAACACAGACAAAUUUGUCCUAAUGCAGGACAUGUGUGUGGUGUGUGGCAGCUUUGGCCGGGGUGCCGAGGGCCACCUCUUGGCCUGUUCGCAGUGUUCUCAGUGCUAUCACCCGUACUGUGUCAACAGCAAGAUCACCAAGGUGAUGCUGCUUAAGGGCUGGCGUUGUGUGGAGUGUAUCGUGUGCGAGGUAUGCGGCCAGGCCUCCGACCCUUCACGCCUGCUGCUCUGUGAUGACUGUGACAUUAGCUACCACACAUACUGCCUGGACCCCCCACUGCUCACUGUGCCCAAGGGUGGCUGGAAGUGCAAGUGGUGUGUGUCGUGUAUGCAGUGUGGGGCCGCCUCCCCUGGCUUCCACUGUGAAUGGCAGAAUAGUUACACACAUUGUGGGCCAUGUGCCAGCCUGGUGACCUGUCCUAUCUGUCAUGCUCCCUAUGUGGAGGAAGACCUGCUGAUCCAGUGUCGCCACUGUGAACGGUGGAUGCAUGCUGGCUGCGAGAGCCUGUUCACAGAGGAUGAAGUAGAGCAGGCUGCCGACGAGGGCUUUGACUGUGUCUCCUGCCAGCCCUAUGUGGUUAAGCCUGUGGUACCUGUUGCCCCACCAGAGUUGGUACCUGUGAAGGUAAAAGAGCCAGAGCCCCAGUUCUUUCGCUUCGAGGGUGUGUGGCUGACAGAAACUGGCAUGGCGGUGCUGCGUAACCUGACCAUGUCACCACUGCACAAGCGGCGCCAGCGGCGAGGACGGCUAGGCCUCCCAGGCGAGGCAGGGCUGGAGGGUUCUGAGCCCUCAGAUGCCCUUGGCCCUGAUGACAAGAAGGAUGGGGACCUGGACACUGAGGAGCUGCUCAAGGGUGAAGGUGGUGUUGAGCAAAUGGAAUGUGAAAUUAAACUAGAAGGCCCCGCCAGCCCUGAUGUAGAACUUGGCAAAGAAGAGACAGAGGAAAGCAAAAAGCGCAAGCGCAAACCCUAUCGGCCGGGCAUCGGGGGUUUCAUGAUCCGGCAGCGGAAGUCUCAUACCCGAGUGAAGAGGGGACCUGCUGCACAGGCGGAAGGAUCGAGUGGGGACGGGCAGCCCGACGAGGUGAUGCCUGCCGACCUGCCUGCAGAGGGCUCUGUGGAGCAGAGCCUCGCUGAGGGGGAUGAGAAGAAGAAGCAACAGCGACGAGGACGCAGAAAGAGCAAGCUGGAGGACAUGUUCCCUGCUUACCUGCAGGAAGCCUUCUUUGGAAAGGAACUGCUGGACCUGAGUCGGAAGGCCCUGUUUGCAGUUGGGGUGGGCCGUCCAGGCUUUGGACUGGGAACCUCAAAACCCCGAGGGGACGGAGGUUCAGAUCGGAAGGAGCUUGUGACAGCCUUGCACAAAGGAGAUGAUGGUCCAGACGUUGCAGAUGAGGAGUCCCACGGGCCUGAGGGCACGGCUGACGUAGCAGGGCUUGAGGAUGGGGCUGUAAAGGCAUCCCCAGUGCCCAGUGACCCUGAGAAGCCAGGCACCCCGGGUGAAGGAGUGCUUAGCUCUGACUUAGACAGGAUUCCCACAGAAGAACUGCCCAAAAUGGAGUCUAAGGACCUGCAGCAGCUCUUUAAGGAUGUCCUGGGCUCAGAACGAGAACAGCAUUUGGGUUGUGGAACUCCUGGCCUAGAAGGUAGCCGUACGCCACUGCAGAGGCCCUUUCUCCAAGGUGGGCUCGCCCUGGGCAGUCUCCCCUCCAGUAGCCCAAUGGACUCCUACCCAGGCCUCUGCCAGUCCCCCUUCUUGGAUUCUAGGGAGCGCGGGGGCUUCUUUAGCCCAGAACCCGGUGAGCCAGACAGCCCUUGGACAGGCUCAGGGGGUACUACCCCCUCCACCCCCACCACGCCUACCACAGAGGGCGAGGGCGACGGGCUGUCCUAUAACCAGCGGAGUCUGCAGCGUUGGGAGAAAGAUGAGGAACUGGGCCAGCUCUCCACUAUUUCACCUGUACUCUAUGCCAACAUUAACUUUCCUAAUCUCAAGCAAGAUUACCCAGACUGGUCUAGCCGAUGUAAACAAAUCAUGAAGCUCUGGAGAAAGGUUCCAGCUGCUGACAAAGCCCCCUACCUGCAAAAGGCCAAAGAUAACCGGGCUGCUCACCGCAUCAACAAGGUGCAAAAGCAGGCUGAGAGCCAGAUCAGCAAGCAAGCCAAGAUGGGCGACGUAGCCCGGAAGACUGAGCGACCGGCCCUCCAUCUCCGCAUUCCCUCCCAGCCAGGGGCACUGGGCAGUCCGCCUCCUGCUGCGGCCCCCACCAUUUUCCUUGGCAGCCCCACCACCCCUGCUGGCUUGUCUACCUCUGCGGACGGGUUCCUGAAGCCACCAGCGGGCACAGUACCCGGCCCUGACUCACCUGGUGAGCUCUUCCUCAAGCUCCCGCCCCAGGUGCCCGCCCAAGUGCCUUCGCAGGACCCCUUUGGACUGGCCCCUGCCUACGCCCCGGAGCCCCGCUUCUCUGCGGCACCACCCACUUAUCCUCCUUACCCAAGCCCUACUGGAGCCCCUGUCCAGCCCCCAAUGCUGGGUACCACAACUCGACCUGGGACUGGCCAGCCAGGGGAAUUUCAUACUACCCCACCGGGUACCCCCAGACACCAGCCUUCCACGCCUGACCCUUUCCUCAAACCUCGCUGCCCCUCAUUGGACAACCUGGCUGUGCCUGAGAGCCCAGGGGUAGCGGGAGGCAAGGCUUCUGAGCCUCUGCUCUCACCCCCGCCUUUUGGGGAGUCCCGGAAGUCCCUAGAAGUGAAGAAGGAAGACCUUGGGGCAUCCUCUCCUGGCUAUGGUCCCCCGAACCUGGGCUGUGUUGACUCACCUUCUUCAGGUCCCCAUCUGGGUGGCCUGGAGUUAAAGGCACCUGAUGUCUUCAAAGCCCCCCUAACCCCUCGGGCAUCUCAGGUAGAGCCCCAGAGCCCGGGCCUGGGCUUACGGGCCCAGGAGCCACCCCCUGCCCAGGCUUUGGCCCCUUCUCCUCCCAACCAUCCAGAUAUCUUUCGUUCUGGCCCAUACCCUGACCCCUAUGCCCAGCCCCCAUUGACUCCUCGGCCCCAGCCACCACCCCCUGAGAGCUGCUGUGCCCCGCCUCCCCGCUCACUGCCCUCUGACCCUUUCUCCAGAGUGCCCGCCAGUCCACAGUCCCAGUCCAGUUCCCAGUCCCCAUUGACCCCACGUCCUCUGUCGACUGAGGCUUUCUGCCCAUCUCCUGUGACCCCUCGCUUCCAGUCUCCUGACCCUUACUCUCGCCCACCCUCACGCCCUCAGUCUCGUGAUCCCUUUGCUCCAUUGCAUAAGCCACCCCGACCCCAGCCCCCUGAAGUUGCCUUUAAGGCUGGGCCCCUAGCCCACACACCGCUGGGAGCUGGGGGCUUCCCAGCAGCCCUGCCCUCUGGCCCAGCAGGUGAACUCCAUGCCAAGGUCCCAAGUGGGCAGCCCACUCAUUUUGCCCGUUCUCCUGGGACAGGCACAUUUGCGGGCACCCCAUCUCCCAUGCGGUUCACUUUCCCACAGGGGGUAGGGGAGCCUUCCCUAAAACCCCCUGUCCCUCAGCCUGGUCUCCCUUCACCCCAUGGGAUCAACAGCCAUUUUGGGCCUGGCCCUACCUUGGGCAAGCCUCAAAGCACAAACUACGCAGUAGCCACGGGGAAUUUUCACCCAUCAGGCAGCCCCCUGGGGCCCAACAGCGGGCCCACAGGGGAGGGCUAUGGGCUGUCCCCACUACGCCCCGCAUCCGUUCUGCCACCUCCCACACCUGAUGGAUCCCUCCCCUACUUGUCACAUGGAGCCUCACAAAGGGUGGGCAUCACCUCUCCAGUGGAGAAGAGAGAAGACCCAGGAGCUACAAUGAGUAGUAGCUCUGUGGCAACACCUGAACUCUCAAGUGCCCAGGACACAGGCAUGUCUAGCCUCAGCCAGACAGAGCUGGAGAAGCAACGGCAGCGCCAGCGACUACGGGAACUGCUGAUUCGACAGCAGAUCCAGCGGAACACCCUACGGCAGGAGAAGGAGACAGCUGCAGCAGCUGCAGGUGCAGUGGGGCCUCCAGGCAACUGGGGUGCUGAACCCAGCGGCCCUGCCUUUGACCAGCUGAGUCGAGCCCAGACCCCUUUCACCGGGUCUCAGGAUAGGAACAGCGUUGUGGGGUUACCCUCAAGCAAGCUAGGUGGUCCCAUCCUGGGACCAGGAGCCUUCUCCAGUGAUGAUCGACUCUCUCGGCCACUUCCACCAGCCACACCUUCUUCCAUGGACAUGAACAGCAGGCAACUUGUUGGAGGCUCCCAGGCCUUCUAUCAGCGAACACCCUAUCCUGGGUCCCUGCCCUUGCAGCAGCAGCAGCAGCAGCAGCAGCAGCAGCAGCAGCAGCAACAGCAACAGCAACAGCAACAACAACUGUGGCAGCAGCAGCAGGCAGCAGCGGCAGCAGCAACCUCCAUGAGACUUGCCAUGUCUGCUCGAUUCCCAUCAACUCCUGGACCUGAACUUGGCCGCCAAGCACUAGGUUCCCCCUUGGCAGGAAUCCCCACCCGCCUUCCAGGCCCUGCUGAGCCAGUUCCUGGUCCAGCUGGUCCUGCUCAGUUCAUUGAGUUACGACAUAAUGUACAGAAAGGACUUGGACCUGGGGUAUCUCCGUUUCCUGGUCAAGGCCCCCCUCAGAGGCCCCGUUUUUACCCAAUAAGCGAGGAGCCCCAUCGAUUGGCUCCUGAAGGUCUUCGGGGCCUGGCUGUUUCAGGCCUUCCCCCUCAAAAGCCCUCAGCCCCACCAGCCCCUGAGUUGAACAACAGCCUCCAUCAGCCGCCCCAUACCAAGGGUCCUACCCUACCAGCUGGCUUGGAACUGGUCAGCCGCCCACCAUCGACCACUGACCUUGGUCGUCCCCCUCUGGCCUUGGAGGCUGGGAAGUUGCCUUGCGAGGAUCCUGAGCUGGACGAUGACUUCGAUGCCCAUAAGGCCCUAGAGGACGAUGAAGAGCUGGCUCACCUGGGCCUGGGUGUGGAUGUGGCCAAGGGUGAUGAUGAAUUGGGCACCCUGGAGCACCUGGAGACCAAUGACCCCCACUUAGAUGACCUCCUGAACGGAGAUGAAUUUGACUUGCUAGCAUAUACUGACCCUGAGCUCGAUACUGGUGACAAGAAGGACAUCUUUAAUGAGCACCUAAGACUGGUGGAGUCAGCAAAUGAGAAGGCUGAGCGAGAAGCCCUGCUUCGGGGGGUGGAGCCAAUAUCCUUGGGGCCUGAGGAACAACGCCCUCCACCUGCCCCUGAUAACUCUGAGCCUCGCCUAACAUCUGUGCUCCCUGAGGUGAAGCCCAAAGUGGAGGAGGGAGGACGCCAUCCUUCUCCUUGCCAGUUCACCAUUAAUACCCCCAAGGUGGAGCCAGCUCCUCCUGCCACUCCCCUAAGCCUGGGUCUGAAGCCAGGGCAGACUGUGAUGGGGAGCCGGGACACUCGAGUAGGAGUAGGAACAGGACCGUUCCCCAGCAGUGGACACACAGCUGAGAAGGGCCCAUUUGGGGCCACAGGAGGAACCCCAGCUCACUUGUUGAACCCCAGCUCACUGAGUGGCUCAGCUGGAUCCUCUCUUCUAGAAAAGUUUGAGCUAGAAAGUGGAACCCUAACCUUGCCAAGUGGAAAUGUAGCACCUGGGGAUGAGCUGGACAAGAUGGAGAGCUCACUGGUAGCCAGCGAGCUGCCCCUGCUCAUUGAGGACCUUUUGGAGCACGAGAAGAAGGAGCUGCAGAAGAGGCAGCAGCUUUCAGCACAGACUGUGCUCCCUGCACAGCCGCAGCAGCAGCAGCAGCAACACCAGCAUCCCCUCCUUCCCGUACCAGGCCCUGCCCAGGCCCUGCCCUUGCCACAUGAGUCUGGGCCACCACAGCAGCUUGCUCUGGGUCUUGGAAGUACCCGACAGCCAGGCCUGGGGCAGUCAAUGAUGGCUGCCCAGUCACCAGCUCAUGCCCUUCAGCAGCGCCUGGCCCCAUCUGUGGCUAUGGUGUCUAACCAAGGGCAUAUGCUAAGUGGGCAGCAAGCGGGGCAGACAGGCCUGGUGCCCCAGCAGAGCUCACAGCCAGUAUUAGCACAGAAGCCCAUGAAUGCCAUGCCAGCAUCCAUGUGCAUGAAGCCCCAGCAGCUGGCGAUGCAGCAGCAGCAGCUGGCUAACAGUUUCUUCCCAGACACAGACCUGGACAAAUUUGCUGCAGAAGACAUCAUUGAUCCUAUUGCAAAGGCCAAGAUGGUAGCUUUGAAAGGCAUCAAGAAAGUGAUGGCUCAGGGCAGCAUCGGGGUGGCCCCUGGUAUGAACAGGCAGCAAGUGUCGCUGCUGGCGCAGAGGCUCUCUGGGGCGUCUGGCAGUGAUCUUCAGAACCAUGCGGCAGCUGGGAGUGGCCAGGAACGAAAUGCUAGUGACCCUUCCCAGCCUCGUCCCAACCCACCCACGUUUGCCCAGGGAGUAAUCAAAGCUCUGUCCCCAGAUGAGGCUGAUCAGCGGCAGUAUGAGGAGUGGUUGUUCCAUACCCAGCAGCUCCUACAGAUGCAGCUGAAGGUGCUGGAGGAGCAGAUUGGUGUGCACCGCAAGUCUCGGAAGGCUCUGUGUGCCAAGCAGCGUACCGCCAAAAAGGCUGGCCGUGAGUUCCCAGAAGCUGAUGCUGAGAAGCUCAAGCUGGUCACAGAGCAGCAGAGCAAGAUCCAGAAGCAGCUGGACCAGGUCCGAAAACAGCAGAAAGAGCAUACAAAUCUCAUGGCAGAAUAUCGGAACAAGCAGCAGCAGCAACAGCAGCAGCAGCAACAACAGCAGCAGCACUCAGCAGUACUGGCUGUCAGCCCUUCUCAAAAUCCUCGGGUACUCACCAAACACCCUGGCCAGCUGCUCCCUGGCCAUGGGUUACAGCCGCCACAGGUACCUCCUGGUGGACAAGCUGGAGGUCUUCGUCUGCCUCCAGGGGGCAUGGUACUACCUGGACAGUCUGGUGGUCCGUUCCUCAAUACUACCUUGGCCCAGCAGCAGCAGCAGCAGCAGCAGCAGCAGCAGCAGCAGCAGCAGCAGCAGCAGCAUUCUGGUGUGGCUGGAUCCUUGACUGGCCCCUCGGGGAGCUUCUUCCCUGGCAAUCUUGCUCUCCGAAGCCUUGGACCUGACUCAAGGCUUUUACAGGAAAGGCAACUACAGCUGCAGCAACAACGAAUGCAGCUGGCCCAGAAACUGCAGCAGCAGCAGCAGCAGCAGCAGCAGCAGCAGCAGCAGCAGCUCUUAGGGCAGGUGGCAGUCCAACAACAACAGGGUCCUGUAGGACAGAACCAGGCUCUGGGUCCUAAGCCUCAGGGCCUUCUGCCUCCCAGCAACCACCAGGGUCUCCUGGUUCAACAGUUGUCCCCCCAACAAUCACAGGGGUCCCAGGGCAUGCUAGGUUCUUCCCAGGUGGCAGUGCUGCAACAGCAGCAGCAGCAGCAGCAGCAGCAGCAGCAGCAGCAGCAGCAGCAGCACUCUGGAGCUUUGGGUCCUCAGGGCCCUCACAGACAGGUGCUUAUGACCCAGUCCAGGGUACUGAGCUCCCCUCAGCUGGCACAGCAGGGUCAUGGCCUUAUGGGACACCGGCUGCUCACAGCCCAGCAGCAGCAGCAGCAGCAGCAGCAGCAGCAGCAGCAGCAGCAGCAGCAGCAGCAGGGAUCUAUGACCGGGCUUUCCCAGCUUCAGCAAGGAAUGAUGUCACAUGGUGGACAGCCCAAAAUGAGUGUUCAGGCCUUGGGUUCUUUACAGCAGCAGCAGCAACAACAGCAGCAGCUACAGCAGCAACAGCAACAGAUGCAACAGCUACAGCAGCAACAGCAACAACAGCUACAGCAGCAACAGCAACAACAGAUGCAGCAGCUACAGCAACAACAGCAACAGCUACAACAGCAACAACAGCAGCAGCAGCAACAGCAGCAGCUGCACUUGCAGCAGCAGCUGCACCAGCAACAACAGCUGCAACAGCAACAGUUGCAGCUUCAGCAGCAGCAGCAACAGAUGAGCCUGUUAAACCAGAAUCGAACUUUAUUAUCUCCACAGCAGCAGCAGCAGCAGCAGCAGCAAGUGACACUUGGCCCUGGCAUGCCAGUCAAACCUCUUCAACACUUUUCUAGUCCUGGAGCCCUAGGCCCAGCCCUCCUGCUGACAGGCAAGGAACAAAACAUUGCAGAGACAGCACUUCCCUCAGAGGUCACUGAGGGACCCUCAGCACAUCAAGGAGGGCCACCAACAGUGGGGACUACACCUGAGUCGAUGUCUGUUGAGCCAGGGGAGGUAAAGCCCUCCAUUUCUGGAGACUCCCAGCUCUUGCUUGUCCAGUCUCAGCCCACCUCAGUGCAGUUGCAGCCACCACUAAGGCUCCCAGGACAACCCCAGCAGGUGAACUUGCUUCACACGACAGGUGGAGGAAGCCAUGGGCAGCAGCUAGGGAGUGGAUCGUCCUCUGAGGCCCCAUCUGGACCCCACCUGUUGGCCCAACCCUCUGUUUCCUUGGGGGAGCAGCCUGGACCUAUGGCUCAGAACCUUCUGGGCUCCCAGCAGCCUCUUGGGCUAGAGCGACCCAUUCAAAAUAACACAGGGUCACAGCCUCCCAAAUCGGGACCUGCCCCUCAGUCUGGGCAGGGUCCUCCUGGAGUUGGAGUCAUGCCUACAGUGGGUCAACUUCGAGCACAGCUCCAAGGAGUCCUGGCUAAAACCCCGCAGCUGCGGCACCUCAGCCCCCAGCAACAGCAGCAGCUCCAGGCACUCCUCAUGCAGAGGCAGCUACAGCAGAGCCAGGCAGUCCGCCAGAUGCCACCAGGCCAGGAGUCCGGGACCCAGCCCUCCCCUCUACAGGGCCUCCUGGGCUGCCAACCUCAACCUGGGGUUUUUUCUGCUUCUCAGAUAGGACCCCUCCAGGAGCUAGGGGCAGGGUCUCGACCUCAGGGCCCACCCCGGCUCCCUGUCCCACAAGGAGCCUUAUCUACAGGACCAGUGCUUGGCCCUGUUCAUCCCACACCUCCACCUUCCAGUCCCCAAGAGCCAAAGAGACCUUCACAGUUACCUUCCCCCAGUGCCCAGCUAACCCCAACCCAUCCAGGGACUCCCAAGCCCCAGGGGCCAGCCUCGGAGCUGCCUCCUGGGAGGGUCUCACCUGCUGCUGCCCAGCUUGCAGAUGCGUUCUUUGGCAAGGGACUAGGGCCUUGGGACCCCUCAGACAACCUCCCAGAGGCCCAGAAGCCAGAGCAGAGCAGCCUGGCAGCCGGGCGUCUGGAGCAGGUGAACGGACAGGUGGCACAUGAGCCAUCCCAUCUCAGCAUCAAGCAGGAGCCUCGGGAAGAGCCGUGUGCCCUGGGUGCACAGACAGUGAAAAGGGAGGCCAAUGGAGAGCCGGCUGGGGCGCCAGGCACCAGCAACCACCUUCUGUUAGCAGGCUCCCGCUCGGAGGCUGGGCAUCUGCUCUUGCAGAAGCUUCUGCGAGCAAAGAAUGUGCAACUUGGUGCUGGGCGGGGGCCUGAGGGGCUUCGAGCUGAGAUCAAUGGACACGUGGACAGCAAGCUGUCUGGGCAGGAGCAGAAGCUACAGGGUACUUCCAGCAGCAAAGAGGAUGCAGCCGCAAGAAAGCCUUUGAUGGCAAAGCCUAAGCGGGUACAGAAGACAAGCGACAGAUUGGCCAGCUCCCGGAAGAAGCUGCGGAAAGAAGAUGGUGUCAGGGCCAAUGAGGCCUUACUGAAACAACUAAAACAGGAGCUGUCUCAGCUGCCGCUGACGGAGCCUACCAUCACCGCCAACUUUAGCCUCUUCGCUCCCUUUGGCAGUGGCUGCCUAGUUGGUGGGCAGAGCCAGCUCAGGGGGGCCUUUGGAAGUGGGGCUCUACACACCGGCCCUGAUUACUAUUCUCAGCUGCUCACCAAGAAUAACCUGAGUAACCCGCCGACACCACCCUCGUCGCUGCCCCCCACCCCACCCCCAUCGGUGCAGCAGAAGAUGGUGAAUGGUGUCACUCCUUCUGAGGAGCUGGGGGAGCACCCCAAGGACGCAGCCUCUGCCCAGGACAGUGAAAGAACGCUGAAGGAUGCCGCAGAAGUGAAGAGCUUGGACCUGCUGGCUGCCCUGCCUACGCCCCCUCACAAUCAGACUGAGGACGUCAGAAUGGAGAGUGAUGAGGACAGUGAUUCUCCUGACAGCAUUGUGCCAGCUUCAUCCCCUGAGAGCAUCCUUGGGGAAGAGGCCCCACGUUUCCCUCAGCUGGGCUCUGGCCGGUGGGAGCAAGACACCCGGGCCCUCUCUCCCGUCAUCCCUAUCAUCCCUCGCACCAGCAUCCCUGUCUUCCCAGAUACCAAACCUUAUGGGGUCCUUGACCUGGAGGUCCCUGGAAAACCACCCGCCACAGCUUGGGAGAAGGGCAAGGGGAGUGAGGUGUCAGUCAUGCUCACAGUCUCUGCCGCCGCUGCCAAGAACCUGAAUGGUGUGAUGGUAGCCGUGGCUGAACUGCUAAGCAUGAAGAUCCCCAACUCCUAUGAGGUGCUGUUCCCAGAUGGCCCUGCCCGGGCAGGCCUUGAACCCAAGAAGGGGGAAACUGAGGGUUCUGGUGGGAAAGAAAAAGGUUUGAGUGGCAGGGGCCCAGACACUGGACCUGACUGGCUGAAACAGUUUGAUGCAGUGUUGCCUGGCUACACCCUCAAGAGCCAGUUAGACAUCUUGAGCCUCUUGAAGCAGGAGAGUCCUGCCCCAGAGCCAUCCAUCCAGCACAGCUACACCUACAAUGUCUCCAACCUGGAUGUGAGGCAGCUCUCUGCCCCGCCUCCUGAGGAACCUUCCCCACCUCCGUCCCCUUUGGCACCCUCUCCUGCCAGUCCUCCAGCUGAGCCCAUGGUUGAACUUCAGGCGGAACCGCCCGCUGAGCCUCCCAUCCCUUCACCUCUGCCACUGGCUUCAUCCCCCGAAGCUACCCGCCCCAAACCCCGAGCCCGGCCCCCUGACGAGAGCGAAGAUUCCCGUCCCCCACGACUCAAAAAGUGGAAAGGGGUACGCUGGAAGCGGCUGCGGCUCCUGCUGACCAUCCAGAAGGGCAGUGGUCGGCAAGAGGAUGAACGGGAGGUGGCAGAGUUUAUGGAGCAGCUUGGUACAGCUUUGAGACCAAGCAAGGUGCCUCGAGACAACCGCCGAUGCUGCUUCUGUCAUGAAGAGGGGGAUGGUGCCACUGAUGGGCCCGCCCGCCUGCUUAACCUUGACUUGGACCUCUGGGUACACCUCAACUGUGCCCUGUGGUCCACGGAAGUGUAUGAGACCCAGGGUGGGGCAUUGAUGAAUGUGGAGGUUGCCUUGCACCGAGGAUUGCUAACCAAAUGCUCCCUGUGCCAGCGGACUGGUGCCACCGGCAGCUGUAACCGCAUGCGCUGCCCCAAUGUCUACCAUUUUGCCUGUGCCAUCCGUGCUAAGUGCAUGUUCUUCAAGGACAAGACCAUGCUGUGUCCAAUGCACAAGAUCAAGGGCCCCUGCGAGCAGGAGCUGAGCUCAUUCGCCGUCUUCCGGAGGGUCUACAUUGAGCGGGACGAGGUGAAGCAGAUUGCCAGCAUCAUCCAGCGCGGGGAGCGGCUACACAUGUUCCGAGUAGGGGGCCUUGUGUUUCAUGCCAUCGGACAGCUGCUCCCACACCAGAUGGCUGACUUCCACAGUGCCACUGCCCUCUAUCCUGUGGGCUACGAGGCCACUCGCAUCUACUGGAGUCUCCGUACCAACAAUCGUCGCUGCUGCUACCGCUGUUCCAUCAGUGAGAAUAAUGGACGGCCUGAGUUUGUGAUCAAAGUCAUUGAACAGGGUUUAGAGGAUCUGGUCUUCACUGAUGCAUCUCCCCAAGCUGUGUGGAACCGCAUCAUCGAGCCUGUGGCUGCCAUGAGGAAAGAAGCCGACAUGCUGAGGCUCUUCCCCGAGUACCUGAAAGGCGAAGAGCUCUUUGGGCUGACAGUGCAUGCUGUGCUUCGCAUAGCCGAAUCGCUACCUGGGGUGGAGAGCUGUCAGAACUAUUUAUUCCGCUAUGGGCGCCACCCCCUGAUGGAACUACCGCUCAUGAUCAACCCCACCGGCUGUGCUAGAUCAGAACCGAAAAUCCUCACACACUACAAGCGCGUUUUCACAUCCAUUAUCUCAUUUGAUCCUCACAACAACCUCAUGAGGCCCCAUACCUUGAACAGCACCAGCAUGUCUAAGGCAUAUCAGAGCACCUUCACAGGCGAGACCAACACCCCGUACAGCAAGCAGUUUGUGCACUCCAAGUCAUCUCAGUACCGGCGCCUGCGUACCGAGUGGAAGAACAAUGUUUAUCUGGCUCGUUCACGUAUCCAGGGCCUAGGCCUCUAUGCAGCCAAGGACCUCGAGAAGCACACAAUGGUCAUCGAGUACAUUGGCACCAUCAUUCGCAAUGAGGUGGCCAAUCGGCGGGAGAAAAUCUAUGAGGAGCAGAACAGAGGCAUUUACAUGUUCCGGAUAAACAAUGAGCACGUGAUUGACGCCACACUGACCGGAGGCCCUGCCAGGUACAUUAACCACUCCUGUGCCCCUAACUGUGUAGCGGAGGUUGUGACAUUUGACAAGGAGGACAAAAUCAUUAUCAUCUCCAGCCGUCGAAUCCCAAAAGGAGAGGAGCUGACCUAUGACUAUCAGUUUGAUUUUGAGGAUGAUCAGCACAAGAUCCCCUGUCACUGUGGAGCCUGGAACUGUAGGAAAUGGAUGAACUAAGAAGCUUUGAGGCUACCAGGCAGGGGAGUCCCCACUCCUGCCUCUUCCCUGAAAGGGAGGAGGGGGAAGAGAGGUAGCAGCCAGAGCCAGGACCCAGGGCUGGGGCUGCCGGCUGACCGGAGCCCCUGGAGCAGGAGGCUGGGGAUGGAGAACCCUAGGCCAAGCCUACCCUGGGCACCAGGGACAACCUUCUUCCCUGCCACCGGCCCUUAGGCUGGCAUCUGCCCCCAGUUCCAGGAGGGGACAGACAGAAGCAGCCACUGGGCAUCUCAGGUUUGAGGGGGAUAUGGGCCGGGACUACCCAGAAGUGUCAGGGAGCAGGAGGGGUGUGCAGCCGGGCCUCACAGCCCUGCUGCCUCCACCAACCUCGCUGGCCCAACUCACGGCUGCAAAGAGACUUGACUAAGCUUGACAAUCCCAAAGGCCGGGUCCCACACCUGGCCCUGCCUGCCGGGUCCUGCCCCUACCCUCACCCCCACCCCUUCCUCUCUGUCUCUGUCCCCCUCUUUUCCUCUGUGUUUCUGUCUCUCUAUGGGUUGUGUUUCCUUGUUUUCCACUCUGACAAAUGCAACAUGACGGGAAAGAGGCAUCCAGAUGCCCAGGAGGGCAAGCCGGGCAAGCCGGGCAAGGAGACCCCGCACCCACACCUACCUCAUUUAAGUGUUGGAUUUUUUGCUGUUUUGAAAUGUGAGACCCUCUCCGAGCCCCCUACUGCCCCGACUCUCUCCCCCACCUCACUGCCCUCUUCUAGUGGGUGGAAGGGGGGGUAGGAGAAGGACAACAACAACAAUAACAACAACAAAAAUCCAUCUUUGUUUUUAAUUAUGGGCGUGGGAUGUCGGCUGAGGCAAAUGGUGAUGAAGAUUGGGGUAACUGGUCUCUAGUUGCUCUAGGACCUCCUUCUCCAUCUGGACAUGGAGGCAGGAGGGGUGUGCUAAACCUAGGACCAGGAUCUCACUCUCCUGUUUUCCCAGCCUCAUCCUGAGCCCGUCUGCCCUCCAGCCCCUGGACGGGGUGUGGGGGGUAGGGUGAGGGCUAUCCCUGAGUGGCGUGCCCAUACCCAAUGAGGCAGGGUGUGGCCCAGAGCUCUCACUUGCCCUCAGUCACCAAACUGCUGCUGGUCUGGUGGGAAUGGGUGGUGAUGUGGGGGUGGGGAGCUUAGUGUCAGCGCGGGGAGGGUGGGGGGUAUUUAUCUAUUUAUACAUGGGGUUGUACAUAGUCUUGUGGGGCAUGGGGGAGCCGGCCGGAGGCGAGAGCCCUCCCCUCUCCCUCUACCCCCGGGGAGAGCAAAUGUAAAACUACUAAUUUUUGUGCUUUAUAUAUUCUAUAUAAAUAUAUCUAUUUUCUUUUUACAAAACCAGUUUAUAAAUGGUAGGGGGGUGUGGGGCGGACACAUGGAGCUCCCCUUGUGGGGGGGCCCCUCCACUACCCAACCUACCGCCCUUUCCUCCCCCCUCCCCACCCCCUGGCUGUGACUGCUGUAAGGUGGGGUUAUAGAGAGAGGCUGGGUGAUUCUUACCCGGGUUGUAAAGCUGGACUAUGUUAUAACGCACAAAGUAAGCUGGCCCCAGGGGGAGCCAGAGGGUGAGGGGUACCCUUAUCUUCCUUUUUCCUUCCUCUUUCUGCCCGAGCUUGUGCUGCAGUUGAACCUCUUCCUGUGGGUGGCAGUAGGGUAGAGGGUGUGUGAGGCCUCAGACCCCUCUCUGGUAGGGAGCCGAGGGGAUGAGAUGAAGCUUCUAUGCAGUUCUCUCCUGGGGCUGUGGGCAAAGGGCAUUUUGUAAUUAAUAUUCUCAAGAAUCAGAUAAUCUGGACUGUAGAGAUGGGCUGGAUGGUGGCACAUGGGCAGGCCUGCUGGAGGGGUAGAGCGGUUGCUGUUGUGAUUUUAGGUUUUUGUUUUGUUUUAAACUUGGGGGAUUGUGGAUUGAUGGGGGUAGGGAGAUUUUUUUCUUUUUUUUUUUUCUGGCUUUUUUUUUUUUUUUUUUUAAGCUGCUUCCUCAACUGUUUCAAGCUGCAAAUGUUUAUGAGAAUAACAACUCCCUACACACUCCCACAGAAACCAUUGUAAUUAGAUCAGACAGUGGGAAAACUGGGCUUGCUGUCCCCAAAGCCACAGAGCUGAAAGGUCUAGGCAUUAGUUGGGGGGUUGGGGGGGGAGAUUGUCUCCUGUGAGUGGGGCUCUGGCUGGGGCUUGGGCCCUAGAACUGGGAACGGAGAAGGGGCAGACUUUGUAAGCAUAUGCUAGGUAUCCGAUAGUCCUGUAGAAUUUAGUGAAGAAACCUUAUACAGCUUUUAAUUUUUAUAUAAACUAUAACUCAGACCCACGCUACAAGGUUGGAAUUUUGGUUGUUGUUGGUUUUUUUUUUUUUUUAAGUACCCCGCCUGUAUAAUUGCAUCAGAAUCCCACCCCCAACCCCGCCCCCUGUUUGUAUUUUGGGUUGGUUUACACUUGCACAUACUCAAUUUUCAGUUUCUCCCUUUUACCUUCUACCCUCACCUCCAGGACCCUCCCCCUUCUUAAAAAAAUAAAUCGCUGACAAGUGUGAAUCCCGUGAAGAACUUUAUUUUGUGUUGUGUGUAUCCUGUACAGCAAGGUUGGUCCUUCGUAACAACGGAUGAAAUGGUUCCCUUUUUUAAAGCGCUCUCUCUUCCUCCACCCCCAGCGCCCCUGUCCUUGGCAUGUUUUGUAUCAGCGAUCAUUCUGAACUGUACAUAAUUUAUGUUGCGAGAGGCAAAGGGCAAGUUUUGGAUUUUGCUUCUUCAAAGUUUGUUUUUAAACGAUAAAUAAAAAAAGAACAUUUUAAAUACAAAA